AUGGAUUCUGCGCAGGCGCAGCUCCACUCGCCCCCAGUUCGCAGUUUUGGAGAAGAGACGCAGAUCAGCACCGUGGACCAUCCUGUCCAGCAGCAGCGGACUGAAGAACUGUCAGAGAGACGCCACAUCCCAGAAACAGACAAGAAGAAGAAGAACAUCAUCGUCACUCAUUUAGCAGCAGCAGAGGAGACUGUAAAAUUGUUGCCUCCAGAUGUCCAGCAGCUGUUGGUGAUUAAAGAAGAAGUUCCCUGGAGCCCCAGUAUGGACCAGGAGGAGCCAGAGUUCCUGCACAUAAAGGAGGAACCAGAGGAACUGUGGACCAGUGAGACAGAGACUGAUAUCACCAGGUUCUCAUACGCUGCUGUUACUGUGAAGAGUGAAGAGGAUGAAGAGGAACCUCAGGCCUCAGAGCUUCAUCAGAGCCAAACUGUGGACAGCAGAGAAGCAGAACCUCCAACGAGCAGUUUAACUAAACAGAUUAAAACAGAAACUGAUGACUUUGGAGGACCAGAACCAGCCAAGAACUCAGACCCAAAUACUCCCUUAUCACCAAAUAUUGAUGGAAAGUCUUCAGACUGGUCUGAGAUAGAAGUCAGCAUUGAUGAUUAUGAUUAUGAUGAUGAAGAUGAGGAUGAGGAACAGUGGAAGGAGCCUUUGUCAGAAUCUGGACCUGAAAGUGAAGACAGUGACGAUGACUGGAUUAAGACCAAGGCACUUGAGUCAAGCACAAAAAAUGACGUUGGAUGUAACACUGACGUUAAGUGUGAUAAACCAUUUAUCUACCAGCCGCCUGCUGAGAGACACAUGACAUGUCCUUCAGCAGAAAUACCUUUCAUCUGUUUGGUUGAUCAGAAAUGUUUUAUAGGGGAGCAAGCUGUUGCUUCACAGUUGGCAGCUCACACAGGAGAGAAAACAUUUGGCUGUAAUGUCUGUGGACAAACAUUUAGCAGAAACAGCACUCUUAAGAACCACAUGAGAAUCCACACGGGAGAGAAACCAUUUAGUUGUGGAUCCUGCGGUCAAACAUUUAGUCAACAGGGAGUUCUGCAGAGACACAUGCGAGUCCACACAGGAGAGAAACCCUUUGGUUGCAGUUUUUGUGGUAAAAGAUUUCGACAUCGAUUUAGUGUUAAGAAACACAUGAGAGUCCACUCUGGAGAGAAACCGUUUUCCUGUAAUGAUUGUGGAAAAAGAUUUACCCAAAAAGCACAUUUGAAUACACACAUGAGAAUGCACACAGGAGAGAAACUUUUCAGUUGCGCAUUUUGUGAAAAAAAAUAUACACAACGAGUGGAUUUGGAAACGCACGUUAGAAUCCACACAGGCGAGAAACCGUUUGCCUGUGAUGUUUGCGGACAGAGUUUUCACAGAAAAAAUAUUCUGAAGGCACACAUGAAAGUUCACACAGGGGAGAAACCAUUUAGCUGUGACGACUGCGGCAAAAGAUUUAACCAGAAAGCACAUUUGGAGAGACACAGGCGAGUCCACACGGGAGAGAAACCCUUUACUUGUGAUGACUGCGGUAAAAAAUACACACAACAAGCGGAUUUGCAAAGACACAUGAGAGUCCACACCGGAGAGAAACCAUUUGCCUGUGAAGAUUGUGGCAAAAGAUUCACACAAACGGCACAUUUAAAGAAGCACAUGAAGGUCCAUUCAGAUUAAAAACUGCACAGUUGCAUGUUUUGUUGUCAAAGAUUAAUCGUGUAGUGUGGAAAUAUGUUAGCAGAGAUGUUGUAGUAGGUACGGUAAAAUGAGACAGGCUGCCCAAGGCUCAAAUGGGGGUAGGACCCUUAAUAGGCCUGAAAUGAAAAGCUUGUUUUUGUGUCAUAAUUUAAUUAAAUAUCGGCUGAAUUGAA